CGAGGUCCGGUCAUCUCGGUGGCCGGUUCAGGAAACAAAACCGGAUGAAUAAUACACCGUGUCGGCGGUCACAUGUCGUGCAGCGGGCUCCUGAAUGAUUUAAAGCUUUUUACAUCAUCAGCCUCACCCUCCCUCCCUCCUGCUCCGUCUCCCCGCUGAUGCACCGAGCAGCCCGGAGAUGCUGCUGCUGAUGCUGGCGACCGACUGCAGCAUCCGACAUGGGCAUCCUUUAAUCCGGCCGUGUGCACACUCUUUUUUUCACACUAACGAUGGCGCAUAACGCGGCGGAUACCGUCCGUGCGUCCUCGUAAAGGUGAUGCUUGGUGAUGUCGGGGGAAUGCUCUCUCUUCCUCUGGAGCCAGCUCCAGUUUUGCUUCAAGCUUCAGGCCUCCACUGUGCUGCAUUAAGGGGAAGAUAGAUGAGGAGGCUGCAGCCCAAACUGUAACUUUCUGUCUCACCAUGUGGGGAAACACUAGCAUGGCUUUCCACUGAAGCAGAGAACAAGACAAAAUCAGAUCUUCUUCCAUCAUUUGGAUAACGAAUAAGUCCUCUUCUGCGCUGCUCUACAAAAAGAAACAAAACUGUCACAGAACUUAAGGAAAAACAGCAGAGAGCCUGCGUUUUCCGCUCCUUCUUGUGAAUUUUCCUCCCCUUUGACCUUCAGCCCUCAGUAUGAGCGGCCUGGUAGGAAAGCUGGACCCUCGCAGGAUACAGUGGGGCUCGACAUGGAACACCUUCACGUCCCGCGUCCUGAGGACCAAACCUGUGGAGUCCAUGCUGGAUUCGGCCAUGUCGGGCACCAGCUCGCAUGGGACCAGGCUGGCCCGGGUGUUGUCCACGGUGGACCUGGUGUCGCUGGGUGUGGGCAGCUGCGUCGGGACGGGGAUGUACGUGGUCUCCGGGCUGGUUGCCAAGGAGAUGGCCGGCCCUGGGGUCAUCGUGUCCUUCAUUAUCGCCGCUGUGGCCUCCAUACUGUCAGGAGUGUGCUAUGCAGAGUUCGGCGUGCGCGUGCCUAAGACCACAGGUUCGGCCUACACCUACAGCUACGUGACCGUGGGCGAGUGCGUGGCUUUUUUCAUUGGCUGGAACUUGAUCCUGGAGUAUCUGAUUGGCACGGCGGCGGGGGCGUCGGCUCUCAGCAGCAUGGCGGACUCGCUGGCCAAUCACAGUAUCAGCAACUUCAUGAUUUCACACAUCGGGACGCUCAACGGUUUGGGUAAAGGAGAGCAAUCGUACCCAGACCUGCUGGCGCUGCUGAUAGCGCUGCUGGUGACGGUGAUAGUGGCUUUGGGAGUGAAGAACUCUGUGGGCUUCAACAACGUGCUAAACGUCAUCAACCUCGUAGUGUGGGUGUUCAUGAUGAUCGCCGGGCUGUUCUUUGUCAACGGAGAGAACUGGGACGAGGGGAGAUUCCUGCCCUUUGGCUGGUCAGGGGUGAUGCAGGGCGCAGCCACCUGCUUCUAUGCCUUCAUCGGAUUUGACAUCAUCGCCACAACAGGAGAAGAGGCCAAGAGUCCCAACACCUCCAUCCCGUAUGCCAUCACUGCCUCACUCAUCACCUGCCUCACUGCCUACGUUUCUGUUUCUGUGAUACUGACACUGAUGGUGCCGUAUAAUGAGAUCGAUGCAGACGCCCCACUGAUGGAGAUGUUCGCCAUGCAUGGCUGUAUGUUUGCAAAGUAUAUCGUGGCAGUAGGAUCUAUAGCCGGACUGACUGUAUCUCUCCUGGGGUCCCUGUUCCCGAUGCCCAGGGUCAUCUACGCCAUGGCUGGAGACGGCCUGCUGUUUAAGUUCCUGGCCAAUGUGUCUUCCUACACAGAGACCCCAGCUGUAGCCUGUGUGGUGUCAGGAUUUCUAGCUGCUCUGUUGUCACUCCUGGUCAGCCUUAGAGACCUCAUAGAGAUGAUGUCUAUAGGAACCCUGCUGGCCUAUACCCUGGUGAGCCUCUGUGUCCUUCUGUUACGUUACCAACCUGAAGGCGACAUCCACGGCUUCGUCAACUUCCUGUCUGAGGAGCAGAAUAACAAGAGGAAGGAAGGCGUCCUGGCUGAGUGCGAGAAAGACGCCUGCUCGCCAACCAGUGAAGCUGAUGAAUAUGGAGGUCCGCCCACUAACACCUGCGGAGCCAAAAACCUGCCGUCGCUGGGUGACAACGAGAUGCUGAUCGGCAAACCAGAUAAGAACGCGUACACUGCCAGCCACCCCAACUACGGCACGGUGGAUAUGACCACUGGCAUCGAAGCAGAGGAGUCGGAGGGCGGCAUGUCCCGGCGGUUGAAGAAACUGAUCGGACCACGUUAUUAUACUCUGAGGAUCCGACUCGGUCUCCCUGGAAAGAUGGACCGACCGACUGCAGCCACCGGCAAAACGGUCACCGUGUGUGUGCUGCUGCUCUUCAUCUUCAUCUUCGCUUUCUGCUCCUUUAUCAUUUUCGGAGCGAGCAGUAUCGGGGAGGGUCGCUGGUGGGCAUUGCUGCUGUUAGUCUUCUUCAUUCUCUUCAUCGCCCUGCUGAUCAUCAUCAUCCUCCAGCAGCCAGAGAACCCUAAGCGGCUGCCCUACAUGGCUCCCUGUGUGCCCUUCGUACCUGCUUCAGCCAUGCUGGUCAAUAUCUACCUCAUGCUUAAACUGUCUGCCAUCACCUGGAUUCGAUUUUCAAUUUGGUGUCUUGUAGGUGUGCUCAUCUACUUCGGCUACGGCAUGUGGAACAGCACGCUGGAGAUCACGGCCAGAGAGAACGAGGUUCACGCCUCCACCUACCAGCGUUACGGCCAAGGCGUGGACGAGGGCUUCUGUGGCUUCGAUGACGACUUCUACCCUCCUACAACUGAACCCUGGGGCGCUCCGGAGGGCGGAUCGGGGCUGACCCCUCCUGCCGAGGCGAAACCCGAAAGCGACGGGACGCCGUCGAAAGGCCGAACCGUUGCCAAUCGUGCCCUCGCCGAGGAGGAUCCGAUGGAUUUCUGAAGGGACUGACUCUGUGUUACCCUGAAUGUACUGCCUUUGUCUGCUGCCUGGGGGAAGGGAAGGGGGAAAACAGUAUGUGAGCGCAUGAAUGAGUGUGUGCGUGUGUGCAUGCCUGCAUGUGAGUGUGUAUUUAUUUGUGUCAACCCUUGGGCUAGAUAGUUUCUUGGCAGUGGAAAAAGCGUUUCUGUUCGCCAUACUCUCGGCUCCCACACAAAUGUGGACGUCAAGGUCAUGAGCUUCGAGCCACAUUCGCUUGUUAUUCACUUACCGAAGUCAACAUCCCACACGCAGAAAGGCUAGAUAGAAAAGUGCGGACGUAGCAAGAGAUAAAAUAGAAUUUGGAUCACGGCACUGUGAGCCGCAGUGUGUUAAGCAGCUGUUUAUGUUUAAGAAUUAUGUGAUAUAGGAGGGGAGAAGGUGAUGAGAUGCGACAGAUGAAUCAGCACCUCGCUUCCUGACGGGAAAAGUGAGAUGACAGCGAAUGUCUCCCUGUGGCCUGAUUUAUCUGCUCAAACAUGCUCUAUGAUAAUAAAACACCUGAAUAACGCUGCUUUCUGUCUGUCUUUGAAAUGUUUCCCCUGACCUCUAACUUCUAGCCCAAGGGAACAAGAAGUGGAUUUGGAAAAAAGGGUGUUGAUGUUUUCUGUCACAAAUAGUACUUGGACUUUGCUUGCAAUAGUGCCUUCAUCUAUACUGUAUGUGAGUUUCAGAUUCUGUCAGUUUUCUACUUUAAUUUUGCCUGUGUAUGUGUGAGGGUGCACUGAAACUCCACCUUUACAUUGAUUCCGUGCGUGUAUAAAGUGUGUUUUACUUAGUAUGUGUAGGUUUUUGAUUUUUUUCUUCUUUUUUUUUCUUUGCUCUUCCCACGUUGCCCCAGCAUGAAGCUCAAAAUCAAUCCACCUGCGCAAUUCAUGGUGCAACCCUUUGCGCUUCAAAAAAGAGGAGAGAGUAGACUGUCAAAGUAGAAGGAGGUUGAAUCCUGACUGACAACCUGAAGGGUUUAUUGUGAUGAAUGUCAUAUUUUCCUCUUCAGUCUUUUCCGUGAUGAGGUUCUUGCUGUUUACCGGGGCUGGAAUUAAUGGAAUUAAUUUUCAGUUCAUUCAGUUUGGAAAAUGAGUUUUCGUCAUUGUUUAUAUCUUCUCUCCACGAGGAGAAAACAAAAUUUGGGAAAAAUAUCAUAGGGGUGGUUUGGUUCAGAAUAAAGGGGAGGAUUGAUUUGUUCCUCUUUAUGUUGAAACAUAUUUUCCAGACACCUUUCACGCAGAGAAGGGAUGAGUCCCAGUGAGUUUCACUUUCCCUCUGAAUGAACUGAAAUCUAAUCUCUCCUCUUCAAUCUCUUUUCUCACCUCUCCUCUACAUUUCAUAUCUACUUCCACUGCUCCUUUCGCUCUUCCAACCCAACUAUUCCCUCAUGCACUUGCCACUUCACCCUCCUCUUGAUAUCCAUCAGGCCGUGUCAUCGGGGGAGUUGCCACUCUAAGUCACAAGUGAUGGAGCGGGGAUUGGUUUUCAGUCGGGAUUUGUAACAGCAAUCUGUUCGCGGCCUGUCGAUCCAUUAGCUCCUGUUUCACCAAAACGGGUGUCUGCUAUCGCUCUUCUGAUUUGUCACUGGAGCAUUUACUCCCCUCCCUGUGGUUCUGCUCCGACCCAGUUAAUCUCACAUUUUCCCCUUUCCUCUUCAGUUGUAGCUAGUGCUGCAGUCCCACUCUUUACAUAGCGCUUACAUUGAUGCUACACCCUUGAAGAUGUUGCGUUCAAAUCUAAUCACGAGCCUGUUUGGCUCAAUUUCUAGGGCAAGUAAGCUGAAGCUGCCAUGGCUAGGGGUUUGAUUCCAUAUGAAGGAUGGAGGAAAGUUUAUUCGUACAGCACUUUUCUACAACGAUAAGGCGUAAAAGCUAUCGUGCAAUGCAUCCGCUGGAUUUUGACACACACCAAAUGGCAUGCUGUUGUGUUAUUAUGUUGAGGGUGGGGGUGCUUCUACAGUAGCUGCUGCCGUCUGCCCUGAUUGUCCUCCUUGCACCCUUUUCCUCGUGCCCCCUGUUGCUGCAUCUGUCCCUUCCGGGGAAGCCUUAUUUGUCUAAUGCACUAAAUCUAAGGAUGCCACGCUAAACCCCCACCCUACCUCUACUCCUACUCACAAUCCACGAUCUGCACUCAAAUAGGAAUAGGCCCUUCGGUGUCGACAAAGUGAAAUCCUAAAAACAGCUCAGUAUCACAAGGAUUUGCACUCGUAUUGGAUAAUUCUGCAGCUUGCAAACGCAGGGUGGAGCGUACAUAUAUUUGCAAUGUAGUGACUCGUAGGGGUGUUGGGAUUUGGGUGGUGGUUGGGAUUGAAAAGCACUUAUCAAAGGUCAGCAAGGGCCAAAAUGAGAUGAAAGGCACCAAGGUCACAUCGGUUGUGUGUUAUAGUGACCCGGAGAGAGUUUACAUUUAACCACAGGAUGCAUAUUUUACGUGCCAGGUGGACUUUACCGACAGUGCAACCAGCCACAUCGCAUGUGGGAUGUUAAACGCUAAUAUCAGCACAGACUGGAGUGCUUCGAGUAGACAUGACCAAAACAUGAUAUGAAUUACAUUGUUGAUGCUGAACGGAAUCUGAGGUUUUUGCAGAGCUCUCCAAUAUCAACAUUUUGUCAAGCUGGGAAAAAACACAGAGCACAUCGUAAAAAAAAAAAAGAUUUGCACAUUAUAUCACACACGUCCAAACACAAGCUCCAUUUUUUACUAGUCAGCCAAAAUACCACCUGGAUCACCUCGUAGCUCAGCCAAAAAGAAUCCGACUGCUUUCUUUUUUUCUUUCUUUUUGCAUUCAUAGCUCAGCCAAAACAAGAAAAGGCGAAUUCAGGCGGUGCCAUGCCUCUGACACUGGACUGUACAGUCAACUUAUUAUCUUAUCUGCUCUGUGUGUGUGCAUUAAGACCGUGUGAAUGCAAGUGCAGUAUGUUUGUGUGCGAGUGUGUGGUGUGUGUGCGCUUCCACGCCUGCGCCUCAAUGUGACCGUCCGGUGAAUGUGUAGCAUGCUUUCAUGCACGAGGCCCAGACUUUAAGUGUCGUACUUGCAUGUGGUGACUGAUCGCAACGAGACAUAAUAGAACACUAAACCCAAGCAAAUGCAGGCUCCGUUCUUAUACCUGGGAACCUUUGUGCUCUGACAGGAUUUAGCAGAUGUUGUACAACCGAAUAAGCUUCAAAAACACCAUUAUGCAGGAUUCUUCCUGGUUGUCGUUUUAGUCAGAUCUUUGUCACACUUUCUGAGCUCCUUAUUAUGUUGAUUGGGAUGAAUUCUACACACUGAAUGAACAUUAUUCAUUUGCCAGGUUCAACUUAAGUCACAUACCUCCUCACCCAGGUACAAGAGCUAUGGCUCCAUUUGUAAAGGAACUAGAACAUGUAGCAAAACUCACUGAUCUGUGGGAUGACUCCUCUCACAUCCUCCCUCGACAAUAUGCCUACUUCUUGUAUGUCCAUCUUCUCGACCACAACCUCUGCAAGCCAAAGUCCACAACGUUUGUUUACUUUUCACGUACAGAAGACUGUAGUUUCUUCAAAGUGAACACCUAAGAUACAACAGAGCUAACGACGUUUCUUGGGGAGGGUCUGCUAAUAAGCUACUUUAUCACAGGAAGACUGAUUUUCUUUUAUUCCUCACGGUCAACAGUGCAAUGAUCAUUUUUUAAAAAUAAUCCUAGUUGUUAGUACUUCAUGAAUAAUUAAAAAAGUAUUAGUCUAGACUCCAAUGACUAUAUUUGUGCGGUGAAAAGUACAACACUGAAGGAGGAGUGAACUUAAAGAAAAAAGAAUUAAAAAAAAGUAUUUUUCUACAGCUGUUUCCCAUCCACAGGCCCUCCUCGGUUAGGUGUGCACAGCAGAGCCGGGUGGAGUUAUCGGCCUUCACUUUCUGUGUUUUUGUUUAAUCACAAGGGGGCCUGGGAGAAACUGCUAAAAAUAUAUUUUUACCAACCGUAGUCUCUCUAGAAUGAUAAAGCUCAUUUAUAAACCUUAAUCCUUUCCUUUGAAGGAUUUCGAAAUGGUUGCUCUCGACGUCAAUAGGACUGUAGAAUGUGUAGGAGUUCGGAGUACUACAGAAAAAACAUGCAGAAACUAUUUUAGUACAAUUCUAUGAAAAAUGGUUGAAUCAAAUCUUGCCACUAUUGCUUUUAAAGUCAGCUACUAUUUGUUUAUUUUGUCUCGGAGAGGGCGUGCCAUGUUCUUCCUGUGCUCUGUGUUCGCUGUGGCCAAGUGUCCAGUCAGUGUGUGUCGACUUGUUGAAAUUGGCUUCUCUCGCAACAACUAGAUAUUGUUUUCUUUUUUCUCUUCUGUAUAUUUUGGCACAAAAGCUGUAUAACGUAGUUGUUUUUUAUGUUGAUUUUUUUUAAAAGGUUUUCUUCCAUAUGUGUGGUUCUUUUUGCUCCUGGGUGCACUGUUUUUUGCUGAGUUGUUGAUAUUGCUUCCAUGCAACAAUGAAAGUUAUUUAUUGCAAAUACCGAA